UCGAAACCCGACCGCCGCGUCAUUCAUCAGUUUUCUCUUGCCGUGAGUGGGUCUUGCUUCUUGUGUGAUGUGCGGAAAAAUUGUGUCCAUACCCGUGCCCAGCAGCAGUAGCAGCAGAUUAUUCAUCCAUGAGCAGCGCUACCUUUUUUCUUUAGUUUUUUGUUAAGUUUUCGGCCGACAAUCGGUUUUCUUCAGUUUUUUGUUCCGGCACUAGUGGCUUCAGAGCACUCGUUCCGAUGAAAAGACGGGUCAAAAGUAGUGAAAAGUCCCUUUCCCGACGAUAGGAAUUUUUAGUGCCAAGAAAAAGUGGAAGAAAAAGUGGCGGAAGAAGGCUGCAGUCGACGACGGCGCGACGAAAAACGGACCAUAAUUUUUAGUGCUCUGCGGAUGUUCAAGCACUGAAUAGUGGAAAUCAAAGCCAAGCUGCAGCUACGGCGACAAAACGACGACGACGACGGCGGAAAAGCGCGUUGUGUGUGUGAGAGGCGAGAAAAAGUGUUCUGGGUGUGCAAUUUCCGUGCGAGGAACAUUUUUACUUUAUUGGUUUAUUUAUUUUAAUAAUGAGUGAUUAUUCCAAUCAGAACUCGCAAAAUUUUAGUCAAUCGUCAGCAUUUGCAGCCGCUUUACAGAGAGCUAAACAAAUUGCAGCUAAAAUACACCCGGGUGGUAACCAACCGGUUAAGAGAUCGAUUGAGGACGACUCGGGACCAGAAUCGAAAAAGUUUGGUGCACAGCCUGAUUAUAAUAAUGCCCAUUCGCCGACUGGCAUGAGUCCAGCUGCUCUGCAAGCCGCUGCUCAAGCUGCAGCCGUAGCCGCACGUUUAUCGCAAAUCAACAACAACUCAAACUCAACCGCCGCUGGAGCACAGGAUCCAGUCCAGAGAGCACGUGACCUUAUUAGCAAGAUGGUGAACCCACAGGGAGGCGCCGGCCAAAAUGGCCCAAUGGACAAUGGCAACCAUGGCGCUGCAGGAGGCGGCGGUGGCCGCGGAGGUUUCGGUGGUGGUCCAUCCAACUUCAACAACCAACCCUUCCAAGAGAUUAUGAUUCCCGGUUCCAAGGUGGGCCUGAUUAUCGGCAAGGGAGGCGAAACGAUUAAACAACUGCAGGAGAAAUCCGGCGCCAAGAUGGUCAUCAUUCAGGACGGACCAGGACAGGAGAUGGAGAAACCAUUGCGCAUUUCCGGCGAUCCACAGAAGGUGGAACAUGCCAAACAGCUGGUCUACGACCUCAUACAAGAAAAGGACAACUACAACACGCAACGACAGACCAUGAAUGGAACAGAACAGGCUGAAGUAUUCGUUCCCAAGUCGGCAGUUGGCGUUGUCAUCGGAAAGGGAGGUGACAUGAUCAAGAAGAUUCAAGGCGAAUCUGGCUGCAAGCUGCAGUUUAUCCAAGGUCGUGGUGACGGACCGGGUGACCGGCGUUGCAUUGUACAGGGUUCCAGAGCACAGGUCGAAGAGGGAAAACGAAUGAUCGAGGAGCUGAUCGAAAGCGUCCAACGUCGUGAGCAGGGCGGUGGUGGACGUGGAGGUCGAGGUGAGCGAGAUGAACGCGGAGAUCGGGGAGACCGGCCGCACCGUGGUGGCCGAGAAGGCCACGACAACGGAAACAGUGGACAGUACGGAAACGACUUCAGUGGUCCACAAGUCACACGAGAAGAGUACACGUUCACGGUUCCGGUUAACAAGUGUGGUAUUAUCAUUGGCCGCGGUGGAGACACCAUCAAGCAAAUCAACCAGCAGUCGGGAGCCCACACCGAAAUGGACCGUAAAGCGUCAGCCAAUCAGACGAACGAGAAAACAUUUACCACCAAGGGUGAACCGCACCAGAUCGAGGAAGCGAAGCGAUUGAUCCAGGAGAAAAUCAACAUGGAAGUCAAUUUGGUCUAUGUUGGAUCUUCGACAGCUCCCGCCCAACAGUAUCAAAACAACGGCGGUGGUGGCGGCGGCGGCGGUCAGAAUGCCUACGGUCAGAGCUGGGGCGGCUAUCAGCAGCAGUCUUGGGAUCAGGCACCGCAGGUGCAAGCCAGUGCGGCCUCAGCUGCGGCAGUGCAACAGCAACAGCAACCUGGUGGUGGUGGACAAGCGGAUUACUCCCAACAGUGGAUUGAAUACUAUCGACAAAUGGGAAUGCACCGUGAGGCAGAGAUGAUCGAACAACAGGUCAAGGCGCGACAGGCAGCAGCAUCGCAACAGGGAGCAGCGGCGGCCGUUGCAGCGACAGUCCAGACAACACAAGCUAAUCAAACUGUCCAAGGUACGCCAGUCGUUGCAACGAGUAAUGCCGGAGCGCAACAGCCGAGCGGUGGUGGCGGCGGAAGCGGUGGCGGUGGCCAAGCGGACUACAGCGCUGAAUGGGCCGAGUAUUACCGAAGGCUCGGUAGGAUCGACGAAGCCGAAGCGAUCGAGAAGCAAAUCGCUGCUAACAAGGUCGUACCGGCACAGGCUGGCGGUGGAGGUCAACCGGGAGUUGCUGCCGGGCAACAGUUUAGUGCUGCUGGUGGGGCGCCUGGUGGUGGUAAUCCUCAGCAGAUGGCAGCACAGCAAGCGGCCGCUGCCGGUGGUUACAAUGCCCAACAGUACCAGCAGUACUAUGCGGGGGCAGCCGCCGCCGGAGGACAACCGGGAGGAUACCAGGGCUAUCCGUAUGGAGGCGGAUAUCCGGGACAGCAAGGUGGGCAACCUGGCCAGCAGCCGGGUGGCCAGGGCCAGGACAAGAAUUAAGCUGCGUACGCUUAGAGUGCGUACCGGUCGAAUGCUGAUCCCACCCGACUUCACUGCUGCUCCCCCUUCCAAACCCGUAAUAUGUUAAGAUUAUGAAUGCUAUAUAACCAUAUGUAUCAACUAUUCGAAAAAAAAAAUACAGAUUAACAAAAACUAGCGUUGAAGCUAUGUAGGACAAAUGAAAAACUAGGUUCGAUCACAGCUUAAUAGUAAAAGGCAGAAUACACACAAACACACUAAACCUAGCUGUAAUCAAGAAACUGAAGAAAUAAGAACAUUUAACCUAACGUAAUCGUAAAGAAAGCAGUAAACUAAACAUUUACCGAUUGCAUUGAAAUUCGAUAGAGUCUAUAUGUGUAUGUGUCCGUUUAAAACUUUAGGUUUUGGAUGGGUUUGAUUCCGGGUAUGGCGGUGUACUGCCGCCGUACAAAGAAUUACUGUUCUACACAAAACUGCGUUGAACCGUGAUGUGUGUUUCCUGCAAUAGUCGUCACAGCUACGGCGGGUUCGCUCAGAGAUCGCUAUCCCCCCCCGAAAGCGAGCUCCCUUUUGCAGUUUGAUAUUGGCGCUUCCAUUAGGACAAUCCAAUGCUAUUACAAUGAGUUCCAAUCUGGACUUCGGUAUAUGUGUUUAUCGAAUUAUAUGCUUUACCAAAUGAUGUACAAUUAGACAAUUCCAUUUAGAUAAAAUUGCAUACGAUUGAAUUAUUCACUGUUGAUUACUAAAUUUACUAAAUGAAUUGAUAUUACACCGUUAUAUAUUAUUAUAUUUAUCAUUUCAUUUACUCCACCAUAAACACCUACUUUCCUACGUAAGAAAAAUGGCCAUUUUUCUUCUGCAUUUAUGAUAUUACUGUACUUAAUGCAAAUCGUAUGUCCCAUUCUUUAUUUUCAUAAGCUUCUUUUUACUUUCUUUAACAAGUUCAUCAAAACAAAAAAAAGAACAGACGCUAACAACGCAGGUUUUAGCUAAUGUUGCCGACGGAUAUUGGCGUUGGGACGUACGGGGAAAAGAUUGCCCGAGUUUGAAUUGGUUCGGCCCAGGUUAUGCAGGUUUUUGACCAGGAAGGUAAUUUUCAUACAGUAAAACUAUUGCUUUCUGAUGAUUUUUCACAACUAUAUGAUGUAUAAUAUUUAUGCUACCAUUAUAUAAACCUGUGUACUGAUGCGUUUAUCUUAUCAAACCAUACACAAUUUGCAAUUGAAUGACACAUUUAGCUUUCCUAAAUGCAUUGAUUUUCUGAUAUCAAAGUGUUGUUCUACCGUUGCAUUGAAACUACAUUGACACAAAAAAAAACAAAAAAAUGGUCAACAUUCUUAUACCAAAUGGACUCCUAUUGAUUGAUGUGUGUAAUUUUUUUGGUAAUCAUCGGAAUUGUUUAAAUCUGCAACAGCUAAAGUGUGUAAUUCGAUUGCCCUCUCGAGAAAAGGAGCAUCGCCUAGUGUGGUGAACAAAUCGGCAUGGAAACCGUCCGGUUUGUUGUGGAACAGUGAAGAAUCAAACACAUACUACAGCGUUCUCAGUAUCGUUAUCGUACUUUUGUGUGAUUAACAGUCCAAUAGAAACUCGGUAAAAAACAGAAACAAUGAAGAAUGAACAAUAGUAAAACAAACAAACAAGCAAAGACACUUUAUUCAAAAGUGAAAAUAACAAAACCAGAGAAGCCAAACAGAAAACGAACAGAGUUCAGAAGACAGUUUUUAACAAACAAGAAUACAGUGAAUUCAAAGGGCAAGAAAAGUGACUGGGUGAGCAAUUUCUCGAAGGACUCCUUCCUGUAAAGAAGGCCAAGCAAGACAGGAAAAGAAGAAAUGAUGACGGAGUGUGAACACAAGGUGAGAUUGUAUCGAAAUUGCGUUACAUGUAAAUGAUUUUGGUUUUAUUUUCUGCUAUUUGAUUACUUGUCACACCUAAACUGCGUAUUACAGUCCUGUAUAUGCAACCAUAUAAUAAACUUAAAUAAAUGAAAUAAUGUGUGUAGCUAAGGGUUCAUUAAUUCCGUAAACAUAGACAUGAGAACACUACCUUCAAAAAACUAGAUUAUCCAAUAACAUAUUUUAGUAGUAAGAUACCGAUUUUUAUCUACCACCUAUUUUGCACAUUAUAUGAGGCAGAAACUUUUAUCUCAAUAUGGUUCUCACUGCUCCAAAAAGCAUCAAUGAAUGUACAUUCUUUUAUUUUCUAUGUCACUGCAAUCUAUUCCAAAUGAUCAUCUGAAUAAAUUUCGAACACUGAUAAGAUUCACUUAUUCUAGAUAGGAAUAAAGAAAAAAAUACAGUGUACAGUGUGAAAAGGCUUCUGCCGUCGUGUGUCGGUAAGAGGAUCUCAUCCAUCGCAGCUAUCAGCAUAGAAAGCCGGAAGUGAACCCGUCAUCCAACCGGAAGGAGUCACCGACCAGACAAAAAGUGGUGUGGGUGGUACACUCACAACACAUCACGACCAGCAAAUUCUUUGAUUUAAAACCGAAACAUAUGCCUACCUACAUAUUAUCUUUAGUAGUGAUCUCGUCUUUUUUUUUAUUGAGUUUACAGUGUAUCAUUUUGUCUGUGUGCAGUCCGACAAGCAAUACACUCGAUCAGGCGAUUUUUUCUCCUGAUGUGGAGAGCAAGCCUGUGCAGACUGGUACGGACACAGUGGCAUGGAAGUAUCUUUUCUUGUUUGGGAAUAAAUACAGCUGUUCGUCAUACCCUGA